AUGGACGCCUACCGCGAUGACCAUCCUGGGAUACACAUCACCUACAGGGGUGACGGAAAUCUUCUCAAUAGCCGGCGCAUGCAUGCCCAACGCGUCUGUCCACGACCUGCUCUUCGCGGAAGACUGGGCAAACUUCGAACCGACAAUCACAAUGACAAAAUCAUCGACACUUACCAAACCUCACGCAAUACCGAAACAAUAGACUCUAAAUCAAUUUCUGUGACACCCCACUUAGAAACCUGA